AUGUCUAAUAAUGCCGACAGCUUUCUCAGUAAUUCGUUUUACUCGUCAUCCGGGUCCGACUCAAACCAGCAUUUGAAUAAUCUCCGGGAUUCAAUCCAGUUCAAACACUCUAUAUCCUCACGCUCCAUAAACGCUGCUCUAAAGGGCACGUCGUCAAAUCACUCCUCCAAAGACUUUAAAAUAAACGGAUUCGUAUCCCAAGCCGACCCCACAGCGGGAGCAUCAGGUACAGAUUCAACAAAUCCAAUUGAGCCAACCUCUUCGACCAAUGAUGCUGCGCCUCAGAAGGAGUCCACAGCCAGAAGAACUAUCUACAUGAAGAAUUCUCCGUCGAUGAAAAAGCUAGAAGGUAUACUCAACGAGAAGUCCAAAGGUGAUUCUUUCGCCACUAUUUCUGAGGAGCAAGAGACAGAACACGAAGACGACGAAGUUCGACCCAUCAGUAGUAGUAGCUAUAGAUUACCUCACAAUGACAUUGACUCAUUGAAUGAUAAAUCAUUGGAAACUGCGGAUUUGGGUUUGAAAACACCCGCAUCAGAUACAGAACAGUCCACAGUGGUUCCAAGUGUGGUCGACCAAGGAGAAAAGGACCUUACACCUUCGUUGCACUCUGCAACGUCAUCUGACACGCCGACUACCAACGCAUUCGCUCAAACCUCAAAUUUAAAUUCAGCUGUACAAUCCAGUAGCGUCAAUCACCCAAACGUAUCAUCCGUUUCAAUUACAUCGUUUGCAACAGCUCAUGAACAAGAUCACCAUGACGCGACAAAAGAUCAAGACUUAUCUAAAUCUACUGCCAUUCUCGAACGAGAAAUUUAUGAAUCGCCUGGAAGUACAAUGGACGGACGAGGUUAUAGUACAAACGAGGAAACACCCGUUUUGGCAGCCCCAGCGGUUUUUCAAACAAUCAAAUCAAGCGAUGACGUCAAGGCUCUGAUCAAAUCUGUUGAUGUUCAAUCACCCCAAAUUGAUAAGAACAACAAUAUUAAUAAUAACCCCCCACCUACAAAUGGUUUGUUGAACCCAUUGCCGCUUACCAAAACACAUAUUCAUAACUUCGGGUCGUCAACAAUAGAUCAGAAAAACACCUCUUUCACCAACACCACCGCCAACCAUAAGACGACACCUUUAUUAGAACCAGAGACACCUAAACAACAGGUAUUUCGUCCUAGAACGAUAUCCGAUUUGCAUCCUCUUGCUCGCUCACCAAGCACACCAGUUCAAGGCAGUAGGUUCCCAUCCAACAGUUCACUGAGCACGAACAAUUCAAGGACCAAUACUUCAAAACCAAAACCUCCAUUAACACCUAGUAAGCAUAAGAGAUCGAGCACUUUGAGCGAUAUUUCAAAGUUUGCUUCUUCCUCCAAAAAGGACAAGGAAAAGGACAAGACUUCCAAAGAGAAGAAACGAUUUAGUUUUAAGGCGUUAUUCAAAGGCAAACCACCAUCGGAAAUCAAAAGCAAGUCAUAUUCCACACCAAACUUGGCUGAUUACAAGGAUGAUACAACGAACACGACAAACAGCACGACGAAUACGACAAAGGGAUCUUCUUCACAGCCAUCAAGAUCUACUAAUAUUAAUUCGACAGAAUCACAAUCACAAUCUGGUCAAAAGAAACUUGGGAAGAGUAAAUCCAAUUCCACUUUUAUGAAUGUGUUCAAGAAGAACAAAUCGUCAGAUAACUUGACAAGCCUUACUCCUCACGACAAUCAGAUUGAACAAUUCCCACCUCAAUCAGUGACAUUGAAUUCGAUCCGUGAGAUUGUGGAUUCACCUCGCGCAGACAGAAGAAAGAGUACCACGGUGGCAUCCGAGUUCCUGUUCCCAUUAGCUUCCAAAGAACGGAAAGAGUUGGAAGAAAUCAAAUAUGACGAUGAUAAUUUACAUUCUAACCCACCAAUUAAUAGGAUGAAUGGCGGUGGAUAUGGAGAGGAAAUACAAUUAAUCCCUGAACUGUUGAACGAGAAAGAGCAACAGGAAAGAACAGAAAGAAAAGGUAAUGAAAGUAAUGAUGAACCACUUCAUGUAAAGAAGGACUCUCGGUUCAGUAAUGAUACCAUUUUUGGGUCCCCAUUAUUAUCUGAUGUGCUGAGCCAAAAAGAACAGUCAAAGAAGACGAAAAGUGAUCUGCUCAUUGGGGAAUCGCUUUUCCCCAAACACUUGGACGCCCAGGAAGUAGAAAGUAUAAUUUCCUUGGAGAGAUCACGUUCUAUCAAGUCCAUCAAAUCACAUAAGAGAAACUCCUUUGUCAAUUACGACGGUGGAGAUGAGAAUAUUGUUCAUUAUCAGGGCCGUCUCAACAUUCCCUCCAGAAAUACUUCAAUGACACGGUCCAAUAGCAUCUUGAAAAACUCUUCUCGAAGCUUGAACGUUAAUUCCAUUGACAACACGAUUGACAACUCCAACGAAAAUAUCUUGACAAGCGCAACUUCAAAGUCCGGCUCUUCAGCUGCUUUAGUGGGUGUAGGCAGUAGUGAAGAUAUGCUGAACUUUGGUGAUCUUAUGGAUUUUGCCGACUUUAUAGAUGCAGACAACUUUAGUAUGUUGGAAUCACCAAAAUUGAAUCCAUUGCCUCUCAAGACAAAUGACAUUGAAGAGAGCCGGUUAGCGGAUAAUGAAGAAUUGACCUAUAUUGAGCCAACAAUGAAGAAGUAUCCAACUUCGCCCGUCCAGAUCAGCCUGCCAAACGGAAAUGGCAUUGCUCGUGCUAUUAGUCUCACUGACAAGACAAACCUCUUUAAUUCUGACAAUGGUAACGAAAGCUCUGACCAAUUGGUAUUGGGAGAAUCGACUUUGGAGAAGAGCCCCGAAGAGAAGCGGUCGAGUAUGUUAGAUCCCAACGUUCAAUAUUUAAAGUCACUAUCAGAGGGAGUUGUUGUUCCACCUAUAACUAACACUUUGUAUUCACCCAGUACAAUGGAACUGGAUACUUUAAGUGCCGACCACAUUACACCUAGUUCUGGGUAUGAGAGUGAACUACUUGGUGAUCUCGGGCAGAUCAAGGAUGUUGAAGAGAAUAAACUCGACGGAAUACAGCUUGAACAAUCACCCAUAUUGGAAAAUGCAUACCGUACAGUGGGAACAUCACCUGCUUUAGACAGCAAAGGGAAGUUUGCUCGACCAAUAUCCAUGUCAUUUAGAGGGUUGAAGCCUCCUUCGUUUGGAGGUAAGUUCGAGAACGCGGGCUUGCGUAGCAGUGACAGUCAUCAAUCAUUUACGUUGUCUAUGGACGAUGACACUGAUUAUUCAGGCAGUGGAAUCGGAGGAGGGUUUGGUACAAGUUCUGACGAAGAAGAAGAGGAAGAAGAUUAUAGUUAUGCUACUGUUGGUUAUGGAGGAACUCGUGAUAGUAAUUACACUUAUGGUUCGGGACUGAUUGCACAUGAACUUAGACAUGAAGAUGAGCAUGAAGAAGUCAGCAGAUUUUCAUUUGCACCACCUUCAGUUAAUGGAGGAAGAUUUAGUCAAAAUAAGUUCCCAUCAUUUUCAGAUAACUCUGCAACUUCCAGUCCCAAAUCGCUUAGUUCAUUUGUACUGAAGACCACCAAUUUCUUCAAGAGUGGUGGAGCGGCAGCACCUAAGGUGAUGAGUACCAUGGCCAAUGCACUGAGUCAAAGUGUUCGGUUCUCGUCACGGAUUAUCUUAUAUGAUACUUACAAUCCCGAGGAGUACGAUAGACAUCCUGAUACGGCUACAUGUAAUCAAUUGACACCAUUAUUGGCCCAGAAGAUCAAGGACGAGUUGAAUACCUUUAAAGCAGAGAUGGAGAUUCACACAGAUUCUCAAUGCUAUACACAUUUCUUCUAA